AGUUAUUGGAUUCUUGAAUUUUUUGACUAAUAUUUGUGUUGUGAUUAGAAUUAGAAGUUAUACUUUUUUUUUAAUAUUAGAUAAUUUAAAAUAGAAAAAUUACUUUGCAUAAAUAAAUAUUAAGAAGAAAUAAUAAAAUGAACCGGUGUUGUAUAAUUGAAUGUGAAAGCAAUAAACUGUCUCCAGAUAAAAAAAUAUUCUAUUUUAAAUUCCCAUUUGAAGAUCAAAAUUUACUUCAAAAAUGGAUUACUCAAAUAGGAAGAAAAGACUGGAUGCCAAAAGAAGAUGAUAAGUUAUGUGCAAUGCAUUUUUCUUCUCUAGAAAUUGAAACAGUAACUGGAAGCGAUCCGAAAUUAAAAGCUGGUGCUGUGCCGAUGAUAUUUCCAAGUUAUAAAAUCAUUCCGGAACUUCAAACUCCAUUAGUAAAUCAAAACAAUACAAAUAUGAAACUGAUAUCAUUUCAGGGUACAGCUCCAGUGAUUUUGACCUCUCAGCUCGUAAAACAACUGCCGGGAAUAAUUAGCGGGCAGAGGUACAGAAAAAUUCUGCCUAAAGUAGAUCAAAGCGCUGACUUACCGAAUCAAAUUCCGGUGUCAAUACAAAGUACUCCAAAUGUUACAAAUCCUUGUUUAAUUUUAAUUCCUUUCGACAACAAUACUCCAGUGGCUAAUAACAGUCCUGUCGUUGCGAAUAAUGUAGCGUCAAAUAUUGUAGAGUCAGAUAAGAAGAAACUGACACUCAGAAUUCAAGUCGACAGACAUUAUACCAAGGAGCAAUAUAUAUCAGAAUUCGCGCAGGAUAAAAGUGAAAGCGGAGCAAAAAAUGAAGAAACAGACCAAGAAGAAGUCGUGAUUGAUAAUGUUGCCUUAAACAGACGCGUUACUUUUAGUUUAGACCCUAUAACAGGUGAAUUGAAAGUUUCUAAAUGUGCAAUUUCUUCAGAAGCUGAAGAAGAACCUAAUGAAAGUUUAAAGAAUGAAAAUACCAAAAUUUUGAAUGAUGAAAUAAAACUUACUCCUUUGAAUAAUGGAUCGAAGACUGUUCCUGAAAAUACUCAUGUAAUUAAUGGUCUCAAACCUAUGAUUAAUGAUAAACCAUUAAGUCUAAACGACUUGAAAAAAAUUAGCAAUAAAUCAAGUCAAAGUACUAGUAGCCAAAAGAAAAUUACGACGGAAGCGGAUUUACAAAAAAGAUACACAGAAGCUCAGAAAAAUUUCAAUAUGCUGCGCCGACGAGUUAGAAUCCUUCGACAGACGCGAAAACGAGAGAUUGAUCAAGUGGAGAAGCUGCAGAGUCAACUUAAUCAUCUUAAGUCUGAUACAAGUCAAGCACUUGAUACCAAUAACGAAGAACUGGACAACAAAAGACUAAAAUCACUGCCCGAGAAUGAAAGCAUGCUAAAUAAUGAAGUAUUAAUUAUAAAAUUACCGCAUCAACCCCCUCAAACUUCCACUGAUGAGGCUAUUUCGAGGUCCAAUAAGCCAAUUGUUAAAUGUAAUAACAAUAACAACGUUAGUCGAAGAAAAUCGAAUCCUGGAAUUUUAAACAACCGAGAAGCUGCCGAGAAAACUAUCUGUGGAGAAUUUAUGAAAAUAAAUUGAUCUUUGAUCUUCAGUUAAGUU